CAAGAGUCCCAAGAAUGCACCAGAGAACUGAUUCGGACGGAUGACUGCGCAGCCGUGAUCAACCCGACCGCCUGCUACAACCAGUUCCGCUGGACCUCGCGCACGCUGAGCUGCAUCGACGGCGUAGACGAUGCCGAGAGGAAGAGGAGGGCCUGCCUAUGCUGUAGCUGCGUGGGAGAUGUCAUGUGCAACUGGGUCAGGCAAAACCGAUUCUGU